UUUGGGAUGCGCGUGCGAGAUUAACUUUAGUCGCAGUUUAGCGCUCGAGCUCGAUGUGCGUCACCGUGCGGUGAAAGAAAGUUGGCAGUGGUGUAAAAGUUUUUGUCUUUCCGGCCUGUGGACUAGGUUAGUGCUCCGGGAAGAGUGUGCAGAAAGUGGAACAAAGUUGUGCUAGUUUGUGAACUUUAUUCCCCCAUUACACACACUCAACAUGCAUCACUGUAUAUUUGCACUCACCCUCCUGCUACUUGCCGUCACAAUCACAAACGGAUACGGCCCAAACUACUACUGCAUGCCAAGCCUCUGUCCACACGGUGGCCCUAACGUUGGCUGCAAUCCACCACCACUUUCCGGCGGUCCCUACUGCUAUGGCAAAUCACCGAGCGUGCUACCGAUGACGGCCACCGUUAAGGCACACAUUCUACACCUGCACAACUACUACCGGUCGCGGGUAGCUUCCGGCUAUCAGUUUCCACUCGGCCCCGCCACCCGCAUGUACACGAUGGUUUGGGACGACGAGCUAGCGGCCCAGGCCGCCAACAACGCACGGUCCUGUGUGUUUGCACACGAUCGAUGUCGCAACACGCCACAAUUUCCCACCUCCGGCCAGAACCUAGCAUUGAUCAAGUACUACCAACCGAUGACGUACACGAUGACCGAUCUGAUAACGCGUUUCGUUGCCGGCUGGUGGAAGGAGUACAAAUACACGAAACCGGCCUACAUUCAGGCGUUUCCACGAUCGCAGCUCAAAAACAUCGGCCACUUCACAAUGAUGAUGAACGAUCGCUCCUGGAAGGUGGGCUGUGCGAUGCAAAGCUGGAACGAGGGCAGUGCAACGCAGGUGUACUUCGUGUGCAACUACUCGUACAACAACAUCGUCACCCAGCAGGUGUACACGACGGGGCGGGCCGGUUCGCAGUGUCAGGCCGGACUGAAUCCCAGCUAUCCCGGGCUUUGCAGGACGUAGAGCUGUUGAGCCCGUUUUUGAAUCCGUAUCUCGAAUCGCUCAUUGCGUAUGAUUUCCGUGAAAAUCAAAAGUAAUACAUGGGUGAAAACUUAGGAUUAGGUCGCUUUGGUCAGGAUCUGAUGUAUUUGCCAUUCCGUUAGUAAUAUUUCACUAUCGUCACCCUAGGUGAAAUUUAUUAUAGCAUUUUGGUUGGUGUCUUUGCUAAAUAAAUUGUGGGGUCUAUGAGAACUUUCUACCAGUGUGUUUGUUAUAUGGAUCUGCGGUUAGUUCCUUACCCUACCAACAAA